GGAAGACUUUUUAAAAACAACUUGAGUUAAACAGCCAUUUAUGGAAGAAUAAUUCCUGCUUUGAAUCUUUGCAAAACGUCGGUUAGAUUCAGCUCUCGCGAGACUCUUUAUAACCGCCAUUGUUUCAGCGGAGAGGCAGACAUGGUCGCCACGAUCCAGAACACCGACGUGAAGCAGAAAGAUGCGCCCGGUGCGGUGGUGGUCGCGGUGACGUCACGCGCCGUGUUCGAAGGUGGUGACGUCGGUGACGACGUGUCCGGAGUGGGCGUGGCUUUCCCGCUGCUGCAGGCGCUGCAGAGCGUGAACCGACGGCUGCUGGAGAAAGACCCCGCCGAGUCGCUGCUGUUUGACGUUGUCCUGAUCACCACCGACAGCCAGCAGCAGCAGCAGAGCGCCCGCAUCGUCCGCAGCACCCGACAUCACGGUCUUGACGUCGGCCGGUUCUGCUUCUCCAGCCAGGAUUUCACGGAGAGUUUACUGAGCAACCAGGUGAAUCUCUUCCUGUCGACGGACAGGAGCGAAGCCCUGCAGGCGUCACGCGGAGGUGUCCUCUCGGCGCUGCUGGAGCGGCAGGUGUCCUCCACCGAGCAGCUCAGGGUGAUGCUGUGCGGGGACGCCGUCGUCCGGCCCGCCGCCGGCCCGGCGCCGCCGAGCCAAGCGGCCGCUCAGGUACCGCGGCGCCGCGGCGCCAACACGCCGAUCGAAGGUUCCUCUCUCUCGUCGACGUUCGGUUCUCGCUCUUUCCCCCCGCAGAGUUUCUCGGCGCGGCUCGGCGAGAUGCGGCGGCGGUUCGGCGCGGCGGACAGCCCCCUCAGCAUCGUCCUGGUGACGGCGAGCGGCGGCGCGGAGAGCUGCGGCGCCGCCCUGCGGACGCUGAGGUCCCGCGGCCUCGCCGUGGACGAGGCGUACUGUCUGGCCGGGGCGCCGCGGAGCCCCAUCCGGUCCCUGCUGCGGCCUCACUUCCUGCUCGCCGACGACGGCGUCGCUGGCCUGGAGGACUGAUGACAUCAUGAGGGGGGGGGGGGGGUCACAUGACCUCACCGGAGCGCCGGUGUGUCCUUGCAAGAAGCCAAGAAGCCAAAUGCUCCAAGUUAAGCAAAUGAGUUUCAUUUCAGUGAGUCUUAACGAGCCAAUCGGUGACAACUGGUGCUCAGCUAAGCCCCGCCCACCUACUCAAAUUCCAACCACAGGAUUGGACGGCUGUAAACUGGUUCUAUAUCUUUAUUGACAAAGGCGUUUUUUAAUUUAAGCUCUUUUAAUUGGACGAUAUAAAUAAACCUGAAUGAAUAACAAACAGUAA